CCGCUGCGGAGAGCCAACAAACCCACACCCAACCGCGCUGGUGACUGGUCACUGGUAAGUAGCGGCAGCGCAGGUGCAGGCAGCAGUCAGCAGAGACAGAGAGCCGGAGCGGGCGCCCGCACCAAAGGCUCAGAGCGGCCAUCAUGUCGUCCGGCAAGGAGGCGAUCAGCGAGGUGGAGUCGGCGCCGCCGACGCCGCGGCCCCCGCCGGUGUCCACCCCGCCGUCGCGGAUGCACUCCCCAUCCCCAUCCCCGGCGCCGGGCGGCCGGUCGCCGCUGCGGGCCAUGGCGUCCCCGCUGCGCGCGAUGGCGACGCCGCUCGCGAGCCCCGUCCGGAAGGCGGUGGCCACCGUGAGGGGCUGCCUGGAGGAGGUCGGCCACAUCACGCGCCUCGCGGACCCGCGCGACGCCUGGCUGCCCAUCACCGAGUCCCGGAGCGGCAACGCCUACUACGCCGCGUUCCACAACCUCUCCUCCGGCAUCGGGUUCCAGGCGCUCGUGCUCCCCACCGCCUUCGCCUCCCUCGGAUGGACGUGGGCGAUCAUCUGCCUGACGCUGGCGUUCGCGUGGCAGCUCUACACGCUGUGGCUGCUGGUCAGGCUUCACGAGCCCGUCGCGGGUGGCGUCCGGUACAGCCGGUAUAUGCACCUCGCCACGACCGUUUUCGGCGAGAGAUGGGCCAAGAUCCUGGCGCUGCUCCCGGUGAUGUACCUGUCGGCGGGGAUCUGCACGGCACUCAUCAUCGUCGGCGGCGGCAGCAUGAAGAUGCUGUUCGGCAUCGCGUGCGGCGAGGCGUGCCUGGCGCGGCCGCUCACCACCGUGGAGUGGUACCUCGUCUUCAUCUGCGCGGCCGUGUUGCUGUCGCAGCUCCCCAACCUCAACUCCAUCGCCGGCGUGUCGCUGGUGGGCGCCACCGCCGCCGUCGCCUACUGCACCAUGAUCUGGGUCGUGUCCAUCGCCAAGGGGAGGGUGCCCGGCGUGUCCUACGACCCCGUCAAGGCCCCCAACGACGUGGACGCCGCACUGGGGAUCGUGAAUGGCCUCGGAAUCAUUGCAUUCGCUUUCAGGGGCCACAAUGUUGUACUGGAGAUUCAGGGCACCAUGCCGUCGACUAUGAAACAUCCUUCUCAUGUUCCCAUGUGGAAGGGCGUCAAGGUAGCCUAUGCCAUCGUUGCUCUCUGCUUCUACCCCCUCGCAAUCGGUGGCUUCUGGGCUUACGGAAACCAGAUACCUCCGAAUGGCAUCCUGAGCGCCCUGUACAAGUUCCACAGCCGCGACGUGUCCCGGCUGGUGCUGGGCAUCACCACGCUGCUGGUGAUCAUCAACUGCCUGACCACGUUCCAGAUCUACGCCAUGCCCGUGUACGACAACAUGGAGGCCGGGUACGUGCACAAGAAGAACCGGCCGUGCCCCUGGUGGCUGCGCUCGGGUUUCCGCGCCUUCUUCGGCGCGGUCAACUUCCUCAUCGCCGUCGCGCUGCCGUUCCUGUCGGAGCUCGCCGGCCUCCUGGGAGGGAUCUCGCUGCCGGUCACGCUGGCGUACCCGUGCUUCAUGUGGGUGGCUAUCAAGAAGCCGCGGAAGGGGACGGCGACGUGGAACGUCAACUGGGCUCUGGGAAUCCUUGGAAUGAGCAUAAGCUUCGUGCUCAUAGUCGGAAACCUGUGGGGCCUCGUGGAGAAAGGCUUGCGUGUGAAGUUCUUCAAGCCUGCGGAUUUCCAGUGAACGCAUGCAAAUUUGUGGACCAGUUGGAUGCAACAUGCGAUGCUUUUAAAUCUGUAGUAUUUUCUUCAUGAGAAAUGGAUGAUGUUGUGUCCCUUGUCAGUCCCCAUCAGCACGCGCUAUGCCUCCAGCCGAGAAGGAUUCCGGCGGCUAUCGGCGUAUGACUCCACACUACAUGUCGUCAGAGCUGCCAUGCUCAUGGCAAGCGGCCAAAAUCCUUCCCCGCCCGCUCUGCGCUGAUGCAUUCUAAUUCUACGAGGAACACGAGAGCUGGAGAUUGCGCGACGGCCGCCCUAUCCCGCGCCGGCCUUCGCCGCCGCCGUGCUCCAUCUCGCGUCGCGGAGCCGGAGGAGCUCGUCGUUGCUGGCGCCCGCGGGGACGGAGGCGGCGGUCGGGUGCGCGUUCUCGAAGGAAGGGGAGCGCGGGCGGGGCAGCGGCGGAGGACGCGAAGGGGGCCGGCGGCGGCGCGACCUCGCCGGCGCAGAGUAUUAGCAUGUGCCCCCAGGUUUUUUGGAUCGCGAGUAUUAGCAUAUGAUGGUUUGGCUUCUGGUCUGGACUGACAAGGAAGUCCCCUUUCGAAAUAUAGUUUUUACAUAGCAAGGCCA